AUGGCGACAUCUACUCGGGUCGCCGAGUUAUCUCCUGCAAAUGCUACUAUUCUUGCUGCCCAUUUCGCAGCCUCCGGAGAUUUAAAGUCUCUACGGUCGGUAUGCUUGUUGCAUUCUUCGACACUUCGCGGCCAUACGCUUCUGCGUGUGCUAUUAUGUCUCCCAGAGACUACUCAACCGACUCUGUACAUCCCGCUUAUCAGAACAGUUCUAUCAAAUGAAGACAUUACGGUACUGGAAGAUGAGAGAACGGCGGAAGAUAUGGAAUCAUCAUUGCCAAUCACUAAAAUAUCCGAUAAAAGUGCGCAAAAGAAAAUAGAAAAGCUUCCAACUCUCCCGGUGGGGAAUGAUGAAGAUAGGAAGGGGCUGGUAACUUCCUACUUGCUACAGCGAUCGCGCAAUAUCGAUUCAGAAACCGGCGCACUCUCGAUCAUCAGGGAGCUUUUAACUCCCUUCCGGGACGAUUUACCGAAGAUUAGAGAUUACCUAGAUGGUUCCGUAGAGGUCUUAUCAAAACUUGUCUACGAAUAUGCCCAGGAAAACGAAGAGGAUAUUGGGGGUACGGCAGUUUUUGAGACAAUGGAAGUGGAUGCGGCCACGAAAAAACUGUUGAACCGCUGCGGAAGGGGAGGAAAUGUCGUACAGGAUUUGAAGCAGCUUGUGGUCCCAUACUUGAAUUAUAGAGGGAGCUAUGGAAAUGGUUGGGGCGUGAUAUGGAAAUGGUUGGAGCAAAAGGUUGAAUCGGGGGAUUGGGCCGGGUUUGUUGAGGUUAUCGCUAGAUGGGAUGGGCCCGAAAACCAAGCUUUGCGGGAACAGUACGCAAGACUCGCCUUAACGGGAUGUUAUAUUUGUGGCGAGACGGAGAGUUGGGCGUUGGAUGGAAUGCGGGUCGUUGAGAAAAGGGUGCGGGGCUUUGUAGAUGCUGGUGUAGGUGCCAGGAAUAUAUACAAGGCGCCAACCAAACUAGGCGGCUUGUUAGAUAAAGAGAAUCCGCUCACUGCGCCGAAUACAGAAUCGCUCAAGAUACUUGAUCUCUUGAUUACCUCCGCCGGGAUCUUGGCUAUUCCGCUGGCGGCAGCGGCAAAAGUAAAGUUUGAGGGUUCACACGACGACCAGAAAGGAGUACUUACACGAUACGUGAGGAACGGGCCGAAUUGGGCCAAGAGAUCUAAUGAAGAGUGGAAGAAGCUAAGAAAUGGUCUAAGGUGGAUGCGAUCCGAGUCGGGAGUCUUGGAGAAAUUAUCUGUAGAGGAAGUUGAGAAAGUGCUACUCUCGGGAAUGUUAGCAGCUACAAAGUUUCCGUUGGUAAAGGAAAUCUAUGUUACCGGACGCGACGGAGGGUUGGGAAAGGAAGAGGUCGAGAGAAGCGUAUUAGAUGCCUUUCAAGAGUUUUACGACAAUGCGAGUAAUGGAAACAAGACUAGGGGUGGAGUCAAGAAUGCGUUAAAUAUUCUCCAGAUACUCUAUCCUCAAUACUCGAAUUCUACGGCUCUCGAACGUGCUUUCCGUCUGGUCAAUGCCACCCACGCACUUUCUCACUACUCUCUAACAAUCACUCCUGGCGUCCUACUCCGCCCAGUUCAUGUCAGGAUUCAUGCAGACCCAUUGUCUCUCCUUGCCCGUCUUCUUGAUUCCAACCCAAAGUCCUAUACACAAGCCGACAAUCUAACCAACAUCGCCAAGGACCUCUGCUUUGGUACCACUGGCUAUGACGGGGGUAGAAAAACCAACGCCAGAGUCCUCGGGAUGUGCAUAGACGCAGCGCUUUCAGAAUCCGAUUUUGAUACUGCAUACUCAUUCAGCAUGAACCGACUUGUCUCUAUGGCCACAGAUGAUGAAGACACCGAAGAGGUUAAGGACGUAAUCUGGCGUACUUGCUUCCAGGCAGGACGGUACCGUUCCCCAUAUGCUGCCCUUAUAGGCGAAACAUCUGCACAUGGCGGCAAAGCAUUGCGAACAGUCGAAAUGCGGAUGGAACUUCUUGGCCAAGCUCUUCGGGUAUGCCCUCCGCCCGCACUGGCAGAAGUCCUAGCCGCCUGGCGACGCUGUGAGGAAGAAAUGCAGGCCGGUCUCAAGGAAGAGGAAGAGGAGGAAGAGCGUCAUGCUGCACUCUGGAAGACCGGCGAUGCAAGAGCCGGUCCAGGCAGAAGAAAAGAAGACGAGGCUCCUAUGGGGCUAUUUGCCGUCGCGAGAGAGGCCGCACAGGCACUCAGAGGGUCAACAUUUCCACUUGCUGCUGGGCGAGGAAUGGACGGUACUGGUAGUGAGCAUGGAAGUGAGGGGUCUGUGGCGACAGAGGAGAGGAUCAGGAAGAGAGAUAUGGUUUCCGGCAUGGUUACACAUGGACUUGCAAGUGGACUUGGAUGGGUACUUGGUGCCCAACCCGCUGUGCCACCGCGUUAG